CAGCCAAGCAGCUGCGUCUGCGUUUAUAAAUGAGCACCUCCCCUGCAACUGCAACUUCCAUUCCCAGUUUCAGCAUCAACACCUGAUCUUUAGUCUUUCCUCCGUUCUAUCUUGCCUGUCCCUUGCAAGUUUGAGUGCAGAGGGAGCUGAAGAGAGCUAGAUAGACAAGGGAGAGGACAAGUUCUUGGCUUAUAGUUACAGGUUCUUCCACAUUUCAGCAGGCUUAGAGCAAGUUUGAGGUUGAGGAGAGAUGGGCAAGCUUGUGAGGCAAUGUGACAUGGAGGUCAUGAAGAUGGCCAUGCUCAAGCACGAGGAGACCUUCAGGCAACAGGUCCACGAGCUGCACCGCCUGUACCGCAUCCAGACACAGCUCAUGGGGGCCGACCUGAGCACCCGCCGGCAGCCGCGGCGGCGCGGCAACAAGCAGCCACGCCGGGCGCUCAACCUGCAGCUCCCCGCCGACGAGUACAUCGUUGGCGCCGCCGACGAGGACGACGACGGCUGCGGCACGGGAGCAGAGCUGGAGCUGACGCUCGCCGUGGGAGGGAGGAGGACCGGCUCCGGCACUUCCCGCAAGAACAACGUUAGCAAGAGAGGACAGGCCAAACACGACGGCGCCGCCGGCUUCUCCUCACCCUUCGCUUCCGACUGCUCCGGCGGCACGAGCCUCUCGUCGUCGCCGCCGUCGUCGGCCGAGUACUCGGAGAGCGCCUUCGGGGUGGCGCUCCACGGCGGUUACCCGGGGGUGGCCGCGCCGCCGCCGCCAUGCCAGAGAGCCAUGACGUUCGACCUCGGCGUGGCGGAGGCGAUGAAGCAGCACCAGUCGCCCUGGCAGCUGGUGCAGUGCCAGUACCUCAGCCUCAGGAUGACAUGAAUGAAUCAACUCCUUCGAAGCUCGUUGAUCAUAUAUAUCAUCAUCAUCCAAGCCAUAGCCAUGGCAUGAUCGCAUCGUACUAGCUAGUAGCUUGUGUUGCAUUGUAGAAGCAGUAGCAAUGGAGUAUUUCUUAUCUUUUUUUCUUUCCUUUUUUGCUGUUGCUUAGAUGCGUGCCAUUGAUGGAGCUCGGGGAGGAUCGGGUUCUAAGUUACGAUCCUGCUCCCAAGCUGCUAAUUGCUUAAUCAUGACAAAUGAGUGCAUGCUGAUUGAUUA